AUGACUGAUCAACAGGAUGCCCGUGCUUUACAAAAUGAUUCUGGCAAACAAAACUUGGCAACAGCCAUUGCCAAAACCCGAGUGGUAGAUAUUUUCGAUAAUGUAGUUCUCAACAUUGCUAUAACAGGAGUGUCUGGGACAGGAAAGUCCACCUUUGUCAAUGCCAUCAGGGGUGUUAGUGAUACAGAUGAAGGAGCUGCACCAACUGGGGAGAUAGAAACUACCACAGAGUGUACCAUGUAUCCCCACCCAGUUAUGCCCAAUGUGAGGAUCUGGGACCUGCCAGGGAUUGGGACCCAAUACUUCAAAGCAAAGACAUACAUAAAAGAUGUCAAAUUCCAAAACUAUGACUUCUUUAUUAUAGUUAGUGAAAAAAGAUUCAGGGAGUAUGACAUUAUGUUGGCAAAGGAAAUUAAGAAAAAUAAAAAGGCUUUCUACUUUGUCCGUUCAAUGGUUGACCAAGAUAUUGCAAACGCUGCAAGAAGAGGGGUGCCGGAGAAUGAGACUCUUCAACGAAUAAGAAAGGACUGUGAGGAAAAUCUCAGGGAAAUGGGAUCUCCUCCUGUGUUCUUGAUCUCCUCCUUUUACCUGGAAAAAUUUGAUUUUCAAGAGCUGCUAAAUGCUCUGGAGAGAGAUCUUCCAGAUUUACAAAACAUUCCACAUAGACGGUGGACAGAUGGCUGUAAUCUGCUAUAA